CACAGACACUCAAAAAACGUUUGUUACUGAACAACCAAUCGCGGUAAAUUGCUGGGGAGUGGCGUUGUUCUGUAAAAGGUCAAUGAUUUUUUUUUGUCACGUCAGUGGUCAAUUUGAUAUAUUUCCGCAAAAGCCCCUUCGUGUGCUUUCAGUUUCACUGCUCAGAUUCUCCUGUUUGACUGAUGAAAGCUUCCAAAAAUGGAACACCAGCCCCUUGCGAGCGGCAGUCAAAGUAAUAAGUAUGGAGUGGCGAACCCAUGUUAUGCCCCAGCAGCGGCAGGGACUGCAGCUAUGUUGGGUCCACCCACCGCUGAAUCCUACGGCCCGAGUGCUCCGCCGGCCACCAUGUUUGACAGCAUGCCGGGAUAUGAAGGAACAGUAGCGGGUGGAGGGGGAUUUUUGCCACCCCCCAUGCCUGCUUACCCAGGUCCUCAGCCUACACCUGGACCAGAACAGCCAAAUUGGAACAUCCCAUCUAUAUCUGAAGAUACUGCACGGGAGGCCUUCAUGCUUUUUGCCUCUAGCAAAUGCUGCUACAGCUCUGCUCCUGCAAAAGAUGGCGUGAUCACCAACAUGGAGGCCUUCAAUACAUAUAGGUAUCGCCUAGAGACAUUUACUGAAUCGCGAUCUACAGAAUGGAGCAAUGAACCAUACUCUGGCCAAACAGUGGAUGCCUAUGCACAGCCACCUCCGGGGCCUUGGGAUAUUCCUGCAAACUUACCCAGUUUAUUUGUGGAAGGGAGGCAGUGCAUCAAAGUUCCAUACACGUCAUCUGUGAAGAACUGCCACAGCUGCGUGGGAAUGGGGAGAAAACCUUGCAAAGACUGUGUUGGAGCUGGUAACAAACUCUGUUGGGUGUGCAAUGGAUCUGGAUUCCGCAUUGGAGAUGACAGAUGUUACCACUGCAAUGGCAGAGGCAGAGAGACUUGCAAUGACUGUAAUGGGCAAGGAUCCAGGAUGUGUGAGAUUUGCAAUGGAAAACAGCAGCUUCUUGUCUUCAUCAACCUCACUGUGAAAUGGACUAACAACACUGAUGAUUAUGUUGUGGAACAGCGCAGUGGACUUCAGAUGGAAAAUCUUCGUGAAGUGUCUGGCAAGGAGCUUUUCAAAGACUCCCAACCCAUGGUGUACCCUGUGAUGGGCUUUCCAGAUCCCACUGUGGUACAGGCUUCCCAGCGUCUUGUCAGUGAACACCAGGGAAAAUAUUUUAAGACAUCUCGCGUUUUGCGGCAGCGCCAAACCAUCGAGCUGAUCCCUGUCACAAAAGUCACCUACACAUGGAAAGGGGAAUCCCACAUUUAUUUUGUUUAUGGAAAUGAGUUCAAAGUCAGUGCGGAUAAUUAUCCUGCUACCUGUUGUUGCUCUGUAAUGUAAUUGUGGGAGCAGAUGAUGAGCUCUGUUUUAGCAAUCAAAGCCACAGGAUGUGUGGGUCAGUAAAACUGACUGAAAUCACUUACCCAUAUAUAAGUUGGAAAUUACGGUGGAAAUCAAAGCAUAAAGGGAAAAUAUGGGACAAAUGGAGGAAAAAAAUGAGACUUUUAUCAAUUUAACCUUUUGACUAAAUCAAUCUCCAAUUAUGAUUUUAAUAAUUAUUAUAUUUCAAUAAUUAUUAUAUUUGAAUAAUUACACAUUAAAUGCAUUUGUAUUUUAUGUUGACUAUAUUUUUCAUAAAAAAUGCUAAUAAACGAGUUUUAUUUUUUCGAA